AUGGUUAAACUACCAACAACCGGGUUAUAUACAGAAGAAGGAACUUUAUGGCAUCACACUAUACAGUUUGAUCUUAACGAUGAAAUACGGGAUUGGCUUGUUAAACAUGGGAUUGAUAUCACACGUUCAAAUAAGAAAUUCACAGUUGAAGAAACAGUUAUCAUUUUGAAAAAUUGGAAAAGGUAUAGCGAUAAGUAUAAGAUACCAGUUGAAGAAUGCAUAACAUAUAUGGGUACGGACACUAAAUACAAGAGUACGCAAAAAGAAUUAAGAGAAGAGCAUAAGUAUAAUAAUUUUUGGGCAGAAAUGUGUAAAGGACUACCUUAUAGAACUUUACGUCAAGUGGCACGAAGAAUGGCUACUGUUAUGACGCCUGAUGUGCUUGAAUCCAUUGAUUGGAACAACGAAAACAGUAUUAAAGAUGCGGCAGAACGCUUUAAUAAGAAUAUCUUAUUUAAAAAGAUCAAGAAUUAUUGUGAAUUUCUGCAGAGAAACGAAAAUUGUGAUCCAAAUGUGGCUUAUGAAAAAGCCGUCAAAAAGUACUGUAAUAAGAAGAAGUCCAUGGGUUCUCGAAACCUUCUCGAAUGUUUAGAAGUGCUUUGUCAAGUGAUACCCGAUGAUUGGACAUCUCAGAAACGCGAACUUCAUGAAAAUCUCCAAGAAGCAUUGGACGCUCGAAAGAUAAAAGAGUUUGAAACAAAAUGCCGUUCGAGUGCCAAAGCCGUUAUCGAUAAAUAUAAAUCACGUCUCGCUGUCCUUGAACAAGACUUAUUUGGAGUUUUAGUUUACAAAUUCACGUUGAGAGAAAAAUAUCACAUUCUUCUCUGGGCUUACAAACGAAUCCAUAUAUGGGAUGAGUCCGUAAAGGAAUUAGAAAAUGAAAACCCGGAUGCCACGGAACUGACGAAACAAUUAGUAAGCACCGAAAUUUUCGAGCGAUGGAUUUCGGAAACAGGAACUUAUAGAAAUAAUACUAAGCUUUGGACUCGGACUCAAUGCGCAUUUGACGUUCUAGUUUUAUAUUUAAAAUUUGUAAAAAACGUCGAUUUUGUUCCGCCAUUUUGUCUCAAAUCAUUGACGCGCAGUCAAAUCAUUGAAGGAUUUUUCGAGCCUGAUAACAACAAUGAAUUAUUAACAAGAAAUAAGGUUAUCGAGGAAAUGUCGAAGAGCUUGGGACACAAUGAUUUGCCACCGAACACGAUUCAAUUUUCACCAGUCAAGAGAAAGAAUUCAUCGGUACUUCAAAAUAAAAUUAAGAAUUUGAAAGUUGCGUGCAUUGAAGAAAAAGCGGAACCAUCGGAUCAUAAAAGUAAUCGAAAAAAAUCUAAAAAGAAAAAUGAAUCGACUUCUGCAGAAGCCGAAAGGAAACUUAAUAACACAGAAAGCGGAGAUGAAAAUAUGCGACCCUGUUCAAACAAUCAAAUUGAUGAAGAAAUGGAAGAUGACGAAGAAGAAGAAGAAAGAAGGAGACGCAGAAAGGAGAAAAAACGCUUGAAGAGAUUGCGACGUGAAAGAAACGAAAGUUUAAGCAACAAUUUUGAAGUGACGUGCAAGCAAGAAAUUGAGGAUGAUUCAUACGAAAGAUCUCAAGAAGGCAAUCAGGAUCACGAAGCAUUUCGAAAAAAUGGCGAGACCGAAGCGUUUUCAGAUUCUGCGGUGGAAGGAGAAAGAAAUAGGAAAAAGAAAAAGAAGCAUCGGAAAAAUGAAAAAGAACGAGAUGUGCACCGAAGAAAGCUUUCGACAACUGGUGGAUACUUAUAUCAUCAUUUUAUGCCGAUGGAGAUUAAUCAAGAUUAUAAAAAUUUGUUGCAGAAAAAUGAUAUUACACUACAAGAAAGUUCUUCAUUUUCGAAAAUAGAAGAUGAUCAAAUCCGAAAUAAUUGGGAAGUUGUUUGUCAAGAAUUCACAGACGUCAACCCAGAAAUCGGCGUAUAUUAUUAUAUUGGCUUCAAACCAACGCCGGAUUUUCACGUAGUCUCUCCUGACAUUGCGAGAGAUUUGCUUUUAAAAGGAUUUUGGCCAAAAUUGUGCGAAAAUUUAAAAAAUCGUACGGCUCGACAAAUUCAGCAUAGAAUGGCAUUGAUAUAUGAUGAAUUUUAUGAAGAGAAUAAAGAAUUGGAUCAAAUCACAUUGGAAAUAAUGAAAGGAAUGGUUGAUGACAAUAUACCGGUUGAUGAGAUUCACGAACGAUUAUCAAUUCCUUAUUAUUAUCCAAUUAUGGAGGAUAUUAAAUACUUUCGUGAAAAAGACACUUUUGUGGUUCAAUGCAAAUUACUGAAGUGUCUCUAUAAAUGUGUGGUGGCUGACGGAGAACAACUUGAUGAUACAACUGUAGACGUCGAGAAGCUAAAAUAUAGGUUUAAAAAGAAUGAUCUGUUUGAUUUUGUUGAUAUGAUGGAGGAAAGACCAUUCAAUCGUUUACUGUUUAUUAUCCGAGUUCAUGGACGCUUUCGGAAUCAUUCGACGAUUUUGAAUGCACUUGAACCGAAACCAACGUUGAAAGUAAAAGUACUGUUUCUUUAUGAAACGAUGGUGCGCGCGAGGACGUUUGCACGAGAUAACUGUACAAAGAUGCGAUCUCGUCUCAAAAUCAAUGACCAAAUGUUUUUCAAUGUUGCUUAUGAAUAUUAUCGAGCAAAGUAUAAUUGGCAGCCACCAGACUCGCUGAAUCAUUUUUUGGAGAAGGUUCCAACACCGCCUUCUUCUCAGGAAGACAUUUCGUCGCCGAUCUAUAUCUCGGACCAAGAAGAAGAACAUGCGUUAGCGGAGGAGCUUCCCGACAUAAAUAAGGCGCUUCAACUUCUCGAUGAGCUUGUGGAACACCCAAAUGACGUUAUUGAUAAAAUUAAAACCUACCAAAUUGAUCAACUAUUGCGAAUUCUUGGAGUAAAUGGCUUCUCAAACGCGAAUAUAUCGGAAAAGUGCCGUGAGGAGCUCAAGUUUCUUAGCUAUGGGAUAAUUGAUGUCUCAAGAAGAUCGCAAAAUGUUACGGCAGUAAUGACUCCCGACGAAAAGAAACAUUACUUAAUUCCAAUGCUCGAUUCGGCUGGAAAAAUAGGACCAGGAAUUGCUAGGGGUCAUUUAAUAAGUACUGGCCAAUUUAGUGAGUGCCGAAAUGUCAAGGUUUUCUCAACAUCAUUGAACCGUACAAUCAAAGGAGAUUAUUAUCGAAUUAAUUUGGAUAUUAAAAUGCGAGAAUAUAAUGCCGUAGGGGCAUGCGGGAUACCGCAAAUCGGAUUGGAUUUCUGUCUGCCAUUGUCAUGUGCGCAAGACGAUUUGACCGAAUAUUUCCGAACAGACGUCUGCCGGUCAACUAACAUCUCUCAAUUGUAUUCGGACCAUUUCUACCGUCUGGGUUAUUAUGGGGCAUUGUUCCGCUCUAACAGCAAUUGUAUGCAUAAAUCCUUUGGAUCUUCUCGACUACACUAA